CCGAAAUCCAACUCAGGUAACUGCCAAAAUCGACGAUGUGGCCCAAACAGGUAGUAGUUUGGGCUUAACUACUUCGCAGCUCCUCCGCCCGGCUUCCGCCCAUUCGCAGCCGGAAAGACGAUGAGCGCGGCGGAACUGCCGAACAGGGAAGCAUGCGUGCUGAGAGGACACGAAGGGGCGGUUUUGGCCGCCAGGUUCAAUAGCAACGGCGAUUAUUGCUUGAGCUGCGGGAGGGAUCGAACCAUCAGACUAUGGAAUCCGCAUCGUGGAAUUCACAUCAAGACCUACAAAUCUCACGGCCGUGAAGUCCGAGACGUCCAUGUUUCUCCGGAUAACUCCAAGCUAUGUUCUUGUGGUGGAGAUAGACAAAUUUUUUACUGGGAUGUCUCAACUGGUCGUGUAAUUAGAAAAUUUAGGGGCCAUGACAGUGAGGUGAACGCUGUGAAGUUUAAUGAGUAUGCUUCUGUGGUUGUAUCUGCUGGAUAUGAUAAAUCCUUGCGCGUUUGGGACUGCAAAUCUCACAGCACAGAACCGAUUCAGAUCAUUGGCACAUUUUUAGACAGUGUCAUGUCAGUUUGUUUGACAAAAACUGAAAUAAUUGCUGGAAGCGUUGAUGGCACUGUUAGAACAUUUGACAUUCGAAUGGGUAGGGAAUUAUCUGAUAGCUUGGGGCAACCAGUGAACUGUAUCUCUCUGUCUAACGAUGGGAAUUGUAUAUUAGCUAGCUGUCUUGACUCAACCCUUCGACUUGUGGAUAGGUCUACUGGUGAACUGUUGCAAGAAUACAAGGGACAUACUUGCAAGACUUCAAAAACUGAUUGCUGUCUCACAAACACCGAUGCACAUGUGAUCGGUGGCUCGGAAGAUGGUUUCGUUUAUUCCUGGGAUCUGGUUGAUGCAUCUGUAACAUCCAGUUUCAAAGCUCAUUCUUCUGUGGUAACCAGUGUAAGUUAUCACCCAAAAGGCAGUUGCAUGAUAACUUCAUCUGUGGAUGGGACAAUCCGGGUUUGGAAAACUUGAAAGUAACAAAUCCAAAUGAACCUUACAUCUUCAGAUCAUUCUGUGUUGCGAACGGAAGGGAAUGCCUUCAACACCUUUAAUCCAAGUGAAUUGGAGUUGAAGAAAAGUGAAGAGUGUCUGGCUGCCUUAAGAAACCUACACCUGGAGACUGGACAAGCAGAAUAGUAACAAACUUCGUUAGCAGCAUCUCAUAUACUUCGUAUUUGAGUUAUUUUAUAAAUUACCAUAUUCCGUAUGUGAUUAGUGCAAAAAUAUGGAGGAUUCCAUUCCCUAAAGCACCAUGGCCCAUGGGUUUGGCUGUCAAUAUGAGUUUUUCUAAUUAUAGUCCUUAGGCUGUCGGCAAUGGGUGGGAUGAAAACUCCAAAUUUGAGGUUUUCAUCCCAAAUAUGUUGCAACCCUAAGCAUUUUUUAGUAUUUGAAAGAGAGAUAGUGGAUUGGGAGAACCGAGUGAGUGGGAAGCAAGUGCCUUCAUUCACCCGAGGACUCCGAGGAGAGACGCGAAUUAACAAUCAGGGAGAUUGUUGGCAAGGCACAGGAGGAAUUGAAGCAGGGGCACGUUUACUUUAACUUUUUAGGAAAUCUAUCAAAUAAGUUCAUGUACUAUUAUCAAAAAGUCAAUCGAAUCCUCGUACUUUUUAUUUAAUUAAUCAAGUCCUUGAAUUAUUAA